AUGUGCGAAUGGUACCGUCGGAACUACGCCUGCGGGCAUCAUUUCACCGGCGCAUCGGAGUGGUGUUACAGAUACAGCCAAACCCAGCAACGUUGCAAGGUUGUGGUUACGCAGGUGGACUAUGACCCUUCAGUAUGCAGAAGCUGUAAGAGAAGGGGUGUCAGAACGGAGGUCCCCUGGGAACAUAUGAUCGAUCGAACCAAGUUUGACCCUAAUAGAGAUGAAUGA